CUCCCUUUUGCCUCCUCUUAAGUCUUAACUUUCCCUUCUCUCUUCCUCUUUCUCUCUCUCUUUCUCUCUCUCUAGGGAUUGUAGAGUAGCAGCCACACACAAACACUACCCAAUCCGCCAUGGAUUGAUCGUUUCCCUGCUCAAUUUCGACGUUUUUGUCUUAUAUUUUGCUCGAAUCACUCAGGUUUGCUUUUCUGAUGGUUUUGCUCUCUAUCUUCAGGGUUUCAGUCGUCUUGUUUUUCUAAUUUUCUCGAUCUAGGGUUUUGGUGUAUUCAAGCUAGUCAAGCCAGUGCUAUUCUGCCAUGGAAGAUCCAGAAUCAGUUGUAACACUUAUGGACUCCACGACCUCUAGGAUACAACAGCUUCAGAAAGCAUUUGCUGAACUUGAAAGUCACCGGGCUGUAACACUCAACUUGAAAUGGAAAGAACUCGAAGAACAUUUCCAUGGGCUUGAAAGAUCCUUGAAAAGGCGCUUUCAUGAGUUGGAAGACCAGGAAAGGGAGUAUGAAACCAAAACAAGAAAAGCCCAAGAAAUGUUGGAGAAGCGGGAAGCUGCUGUGAUGGCCAAGGAACAAGCUUCACUGAAGAGGCUCCAAGAGAAACGAGAUGCUGCUGUCUUUGCCAUUACUAAUGCUCUAGAGAAGCACAGGAAGGUAUCAUCUGUGGAACCUGCUGUUGUGACCAGUGAUGUCCAAGGUGAGCUCCCAACUAUUGAAGACCAGCCACCUGAUACUAUGGCUGCUGAAAGUAAUUUGGGAGAGAGUAAUAAUUCUUCUGAAAAUGGAAAUAUCGAGGUGAUAUCUUAUCCAGAGUUGGUCAAAUUAUGUGAAGCAAUGGACUCGGAAGGGCUGCACAAAUUUAUAUCAGACAAUCGAAAGAACCUUGCUGUCCUGAGGGAGGAAAUUCCACUUGCUUUAAAAGCUGCAGAAAACCCAGCCCAACUGGUCUUGAACUCUUUGGAUGAUUUCUAUCCAAUGGAAGUGCCAAACUUUGAUGGAAAGAAAGAUUCAGGCCUAUUGGGUCUUCGUCGAACCUGUAUCAUGUUGAUGGAGUGCCUUAGCAUUUUGCUUACAUAUACAGAUCUAGUUUCUAUUUCUGAUGUAAUAUCAGAAGAUAUUAAGGAGCAGGCAAAGGCAAUUGCUGAAGAAUGGAAACCCAAGUUGGAUGAUCUAGAUGUGGAUGCUAGCAAUGGGAACUCCUUGGAGGCACAUGCUUUCUUGCAACUUCUGGCCACCUUUGGCAUCGCUUCUGAUUUUGAUGAAGAAGAACUAUCCAGGCUAAUUCCAAUGGUUUCUCGUCGUCGCCAAGCUGCUGUACUCUGUCGUUUUCUUGGGUUGUCAGAGAAGAUGCCAGGUGUUAUUGAAGUACUGGUCAAUAGUGGUAGGCAAAUUGAUGCAGUUAACUUGGCUUUUGCUUUUGAGUUAACAGAACAGUUUUCACCUGUACCUUUACUCAAAUCAUACUUGAAAGAGGCAAGAAAAAUUUCUUCACCUGUCAAACCUGGAAAUGCGUCACCAACUGCUGUGCAGAAUGAUGUCAAUGAGCGAGAGCUGACUGCCCUUAAGGCUGUGAUAAAGUGCAUUGAAGAGCAUAAGCUUGAGGAGCAGUAUCCUGUUGACCCACUGCAAAAGCGCCUUAUUCAGCUGGAGAAGGCCAAGGCAGACAAGAAAAGAGCAACUGAAGUUGCGAAGCCUCAACCCAAGAGACCACGUGCUAAUGGUGUUGGAUGUGGGCCCCGUGUCACUAACGUUACUGCUGACAAAACAUUCUAUCCUAGAGUCACUGAUAGGUACCCGCAGUACGUGUAUGACAGACCAUAUGUUUACUCUGGACCCACUGAAAAUCAUGUUCCCCCUCUAAUGGGUUCUGCUACUUACAACUUCUCUCCCAGUCAUGGCAACUACUUUGGAAAUGGCUACCAGUACCAAGCCCAAUAUCUUCACUAGUUAGUAAAGAUGGCGAAAAAGGUGACUACGAUCCUGAUUUUAACUGUUAGCCUUAACCCUUCAGUCCGUUGAUGUUGUAUGAAUGAACUUAGUUAUCUGAAGAAGACCCAAAAAAAAAAAAAAAAACUGUCCUGUUAAUUUUAAUCUGCUGUACAAGACAUACUUUGAUCCUCUAAUAUAUGCACUCUGUUUUGUGUAUA